AUGCUUCACCGUGGAAACGCAACAAGCAAUGACACCAUCUCCGUGCCCACCCUCUCCGACCUGCAAAAUUUGACUGACUCUGGGGAAAAUUUCAACGGGCCAGAAGAGAGACUGAGUUCGAGAGGGUUAACGGUUGUCGAGGGCGACGUGGUAUGUGUGGGCGUGUCGGGACUUUCUCGUAGCAAAAUGGCGGAGGUGAGGAAAAAGAGAAUAACCAGUUCCAUCGUCCAAGACUAUGCCCUCACUUCCACUACUCAAUCUCGUCUGAUCAUUGGUUACACCACGUCAUGUGGUCAUCGACUCACCAGCUCCAAAGACGGAGGAAUCGGGUUCUGCUCUCUGCGGGGGCUGAUGGAGGCUGCUCGUACCUACCAUGAUUUCAGAGUUGGGGGAGAAGGGAGGAGAGAGGAGAGAGAGAAAGGAGAAGGAAGAAGGAAGGAAGGAGAGACGGGAAGAGGGGGCAGAGGGGUGGAGGGGGAGGAGUAUUUUGUUGUUGGUUCGCAGUGAGUGGCUCCACCAUCGAUUCGCGCAGUUUGAUCUUCUUCACCGCUGCAACUGAAACUGUAUCAUUUCACUGUAGUAGGUAUGUGUAUAAUAUUGUCCAAUGUUUAACUGUACUAUUAUUCUGCAUUGCAUCUCAAUGUUUAUGCAUGCUCCAGAAUGUGCAGUUAUUCCCGAUGCAAUAUGUGUGAACGUUUGCAUCGCGUGCAUCUCGCGAUGACCGCGUGUGCCCCUGAACCGCGUUCUACCAGGGUCCUUGACUUUUGAUCUCGCCACACGUGGGUAGUGUGUCGGUGAAUGGAAGCCAUCGAGAAACGAUAUCCAAUGGGCGAUGCGAUGACUCAUCCUGAGCC